UCAAUCAUUUACUCCCUGCUAUACUAUGUUUCAGCAAAAAAAAAAAUUUAACAGCUCCUUCUUGGUGUUGCAGUUUCUUUGUCCGUUAGUUUAUGUAUACCUAUGUAAACAACAAAAAUUGUGCUCGUACUCAAAACAUUACGAGUACUUACAACAUAAAAAAUGUCAAAUUUCACGAUGUCAAUAUCAGAUUUCACCUGGCAAUAUCGGUGUUGCCAAUUUUCAAUACAAAAAUAGUAGCCCUCUUAUUAUCUUGAAGUUUGUGGACGUUCAUAGGUAUAUGGCAUUUUCGUGAACUGCAACGAAUUAUUAAAAUUGAAAAUUGAUGAAGCUAUCAAUUUCAAAUUAUGUUUUCAAUGCCCAAUAAAUUUCCGAUUAAUGCAGAUUUGAUUCCAUCACGAUAUUUAAUAUUUCCAUUAUUUGCGAUUGUAUUUCCGUUAUUGAAAAUCGAUUCAAUAUGAAAACAAGGCUCUUUUUUCUUGGCUAUUUAUUUUUAACUUUUGAAAAGGUCCUUUCAACUUCUCAAAAAUCUCAAGCUCAGAAAAAAGUGAACUAUUACGAUGUUGCAUUGGAAAAGGUGGUAGGACUAGCUCUGACCCAUUUGAAACAACUGAAUGAAGACAAUGUCCUAGAAAUGGGGUUGAACGUAUAUGGAUGUGUGAGCAGAACUAAAGACCUUAUCUGUAAUGAAAAUAGUACAGAAUUCACUGAAUGCAUUGAUUCUGUAAAAAAUUUAUUCGAGAUGACACUUGAUACAAAAUAUGAGCACUACACAAAAAUGUUAUUGAAAUCGCUAAUUUCUGCAGAAAAUUUUUUCUGUCAUGGAAAGAUCAAGGAAGUUUUUGAUGUUUUAUUGAGUUCAAAGAAUGUGCAUUGAAGGUUAGAACCAACAACUGUGAAAACCUUGCAGUACUUGAAGAUUGUCAUUUGAAUUACAUCAUAAUGUUGACUAAACUAUAAACAAAACCUUCAAACCCUCAACUUUCCUUAGAAUGUAUUUUCGAUUUGGGAAUAUUUUAAAGUAAUAUGUAAAGUCUUCUUACAGUAUAGUAAUCUCAUAAACGAA